AUGGCGCCACCUAUCACCAUUGUGCCCUCCAUUGAGACCGCCAGAGAUGCGGUCAACCAGUCAAGGAACUCGAAAUUUCCUCCGAACCUUCUCCCGCUUACUGCGUCAAUCCCGGCAGAUCUAUUGACGCCCACGCUUGCAUAUUUGAAACUCGCUGAAAAAUCGAAAUUAUCAUUCUUAUAUGAGAGUGCUGCGACAACUGAAACAAUUGGAAGAUAUAGUUUUGUUGGUGCCGACCCCCACACAGUCCUCAAGACUGGCCCUGGACAUGGCCCCGAAUGCGACCCCCUCCCGAUUCUGGAGGAGAAGCUCGCGAAUUUCCGAGUAGCGACAGUGCCCGGAUUGACACUGCCUCCACUCACCGGUGGUGCCAUCGGCUACGUGGGAUAUGACUGCGUGAAGUACUUCGAGCCCAAGACUGCGCGGCCGCUCAAGGAUAUCCUCCGCAUCCCGGAGUCGCUUUUCAUGUUGUUCAGUACCAUUGUCGCCUUCGAUCAUUUCUUCCAAGUUGUCAAGGUGGUCACCUACAUCCCGAUUACAAGUGACGACGCGGAACUCGACGCCAACUACAAAGAAGGUCAAACAGCGAUCCAACGCAUCAUCAGCACUCUUUUACGGCCCGAGAUCCCUCUUCCUCCCCAGGGACCGAUUAUUCAGAACCAGGAGUAUACUUCCAACAUCGGGCGUGAGGGGUAUGAACGACACGUCACGAGGCUAAAGGAGCACAUCGCCAAGGGCGACAUAUUCCAGACAGUACCGUCCCAACGACUCUCCCGACCGACCUCGCUUCACCCGUUCAACCUCUUCCGCCAUCUCCGUACCGUCAACCCCUCUCCAUACCUCUUCUACAUUGACUGCGAGGGCUUCCAGCUAGUCGGCGCUAGUCCCGAGCUCCUGGCUAAGGAAGAAAAGGGUCGUAUGAUCACCCACCCUAUUGCUGGGACAGUAAAGCGUGGAAAGACCGCCGAGGAAGAUGAAGCGCUUGCUGCAGAGCUACGGGGGAGUUUGAAAGACCGCGCAGAGCACGUUAUGUUGGUGGAUCUGGCGCGCAACGAUGUGAAUCGAAUUUGUGACCCAAUCACCACCCAAGUCGACCGCCUUAUGGUUGUCGAGAAAUUUUCUCACGUCCAGCACCUUGUUUCACAAGUCUCCGGCGUUUUACGGCCGGGGAAGUCUCGAUUUGACGCGUUCCGCUCAAUCUUCCCCGCAGGAACAGUCUCCGGAGCACCGAAAGUGCGAGCUAUGCAGCUUAUUGCGGAGCUGGAGGGUGAGAAGCGUGGGGUCUAUGCCGGCGCAGUUGGUUACUUUGGAUACAACAUCGCCACCGUCGAUGGGUCUGACGAGCUUCCUGGGGCGAUGGACACCUGUAUUGCGUUGCGGACGAUGCUUGUGAAAGACGGUGUGGCGUACCUGCAAGCAGGCGGUGGCAUUGUCUUCGACUCGGAUCCAUACGACGAAUACGUGGAGACGCUGAACAAGUUGGGUGCAAACAUUGCCUGCAUCAAGGGAGCGGAGGAAAAGUAUUUGAGCAUGGAAGGGAACAACUAG